AUGGAUUUUGAGCAGGCUCUGCAGAAUGAAGGGACAUUUGUUCUGAAGGAAGGGCUGGAUAUGAGUGCAUUGGGGGUCGUCGAUAGCCCAGUCCAAUCGCCCGCGAACAAGAGUUAUUCCACGAUCAAAGCACCGACAACACCAAGCUUUUCGCGGGGCGCUGCUCCUUCAACCCCAGUCGUCGUUCCGCCAACACCGUCACCCAUCCAACAAGGCCCUUCCUCGUCGGUGUCGGCUGCCUCCUCUGUAUCCAACAUGAACUCGAGCAACAAACUCCAGGCUUCAUCACCCUCCUCGUCGUCUUCGCAAGAAUUGUUUUACGAUGCCGAGGACGGGGAACGACAGAUCAACCGGAGGUCCCUUUAUCGUUCGCCUGGCACGUCAAGCAGUCCUGACCUGGCCACUUUGCUACGGAAAGCAAAGGAGAGGGGAGAGCCCGUCAAUAUACCACAUCACCUGAAGAAAGACAAGCGCCGGGAAUCACCACCGCCUCUUCCUGAGAGGGAAGGCCGUCCAAGGUCCUCGACAACGACAAGCCCCUCGUCGACGCCUUCGUCCCCUGCGACGCUGAAGAAGAACAAGGGUGAAUUCGACAGUAGCACUAGAGGGUUCUCGAAGGACAAGGAACAGGGAACCAAGUCCAAGUCCUCAGUGAGGAACUUUUUCGGCAAGAUGCUUGGCCAGUCUAGCGUUAGAGAACGAUCAAAAACCGAUGCCACUGCCAACAGCACUUCCAUCUACCCGAGCCACCCCUCCGUUUUCGACGCUUUUCCACCUCCCGUCCCUCCCAUUCCCUCAGAGCACAGGCUACCCUCAACGUCGCCCAUCGCAGACGUGUUUAGUUCAGCCAACAGGCCCCAUCUCGAUACAAGCAAGCCACUUCCCGUUAUCACCGCAGAGCAACGGCUCAUGCAAACUAAUGACGAUUCAGACGAUAGGUCUAUGGUUUUCGUUGAGAAAUCAUCCAUCCCUCCACCGCUCCCUAGCAAAACCGACAAACCCGACCCGCCCGUAUCCCCUGUUAGCGCCAGCACGAUUAAGCGACGUAGCCUGAGCGUUGGCCAAGUGGACUUCAAAUCUGUACCAACGUCGCCUGUCCCCCAGUCGAAACCUCAACCACCACCACCGCAGCCUGCCGAGCCGAACCGGCCAAGCACUCGUGGUUCAGACGAUUCCGCCUUGCAUGGAAUCCUGGACGAAUUUAGAGGCCAACUCUCCCAACUCGACCCCAUUCAAGGUUCGCUGGACCUUCACGAUCCUUCUACUCCAGCUCGUCAGAUUGCUUACCGACAAAAACAAGGUCGGACAUCAGUGUCAUCAGGGUCUAGCUACCAAAGCGAGGUUCGGCUAGGACCAAGGAUUGACACUGCGCCUGCCAGCUCGGGCUCGUCUCUUGCUAGCAAGCCUUCCAGCCCAGAAAUUGCUGACGUUUUCUCUUCACCUGCUCCCCAAUCCAUAGUCAUUCCACCACGAAGCUCCUCGUUACAGACUAGAUCUCCCUUGGGAUCUGGAGGGCCGCCUAACUCGCGGCUGAACAACUCGAGAUUGGGCGUUUCGCAGUUCAGAUCCCAAAGCGGACCCGUCAAUAUGCUUUCCCCACAGAGAGAUGCGAACCGGUUACGGGUCCUUCACCGCUCCACCGCAUCCAGCUCAGAACCGUCUCUCCUUCCAGAGCACGAUACACGUAUGAUUGCUUCUGCUCGUCGAACAUCUCAUCAGGACUUGUCUCUCAAAGUUUCCGGAGACUUGUCCUCGUCGCGUUAUGGUGCAGCAACCCUCUCGCCCGGCGGAGACGAAACCGUGGAUCUGGACACUCGCGGGAAGGAACUUGCUGCGCGAUGCCAGAAUGAAAACGAUGACUUCCUACCUAAAGAGAAGAUUGCGGAAUGGUUGGGCGGAACUGGCCGAAUCAACAAGGUUACACUCCACUACUACAUGGAUCACUUUGACUUUACGGGCCUACGUUUGGACCUUGCCUUCAGGCGACUUUGCGCCAAGCUCUAUUUGAAGGGUGAAACGCAACAAGUCGACCGAAUCUUGGAGGCAUUCAGUCGAAGAUACUGGGAAUGCAACCCUGGCGGAAUUUAUGGCAGUGCCAAUAUUGUACACGCCGUCGCUUACUCCCUUCUGCUUCUCAACACCGAUCUUCAUGUCGCUGAAUUAUCAACACGAAUGUCGCGGAAUCAAUUCGUCCGAAACACCAUAACGGCCAUCCAGACCCAGACCAAUCCCAGUGCGGCUCCUACACCUUCUCAAUCCGAAACCUACGACGAUUGCAGCCUGCCAACCGCAAGCAGCGAAGACAGCGAAGUCCUCACACGCACCAAGCGGAGUGAUAGUAUCACUAGCUGGGAUAGCGUAUCUCAUGAAGUUCCCACCACCCCUGUCAACGGAUCGACUGCUGUCUUGCCGAAUGGCAGUACACCCUCCUUCCACAUCACCAACGGACAUGAGACAGGCGCCUCAGGUCCAUCCUAUGGUCGCUCUUGGGAAAUCGAAAUGGAAAGCUUGCUCAAGGAAAUGUAUAAUGCGAUCAAGAAUCAACAGAUUCUUCAACCCUUGGGCUCUGUUGGGCGGACGUCUAUGUCUUCAUUGAGCCCAGGAGGAGGUAUUAUGAGAAAUCGGAGUCUGCGUGCGGGCCAGCCUGAUCGUUUGACCACCCUCAAACGAGGGAGCAUACGCGGAAUAUCUUCGAUCCUCAGUCCACAAUCGGGUGCGAGUCCAUAUAGCAGCAAUAGCAGCAUUGAUGGCCGUGUGAGUCCCUCCCCCAGUUUCGCUGCAUCUACCCAUGAGGCGAUGUACGGUUCAAGCUCGUCAUUUUUGAAUCCUACACUCGGAUUUGCCUCCAACCUGUCACAUACAAUCAUAAAAGAAGCACAGGAAGACGAUGACCGAAGUAUCCGAAGCGACGAUACCACCUCAACGUCCAUCAGUAUCUCUGACGAAGAAUUGGCGCUGCUCGGCGCUCCGUGGGCCAAAGAAGGCAUGCUCUGUCGCAAGCAAUACUGGGAGUCUGCAGGCAAGCGGGCGAAGGACAAAAAUUGGCUCGACGUCUUUGUGGUCAUCCAACGAGGGGAACUCAAUAUGUUUGUUUUUGGUGAAAAUUCAGGAGAGGGAUCCGGUGCUCUUGGCGGCGGUAACUGGCUUAACAACGCCCAACCGGUCGGAACUGUGCAUCUGGCGCAUUCUCUCGCGCAUCCAUUACCCCCACCUGGAUAUAAUAGGCAGCGGCCACAUUGCAUGGUGUUGACCCUAUCGAAUGGCGGUGUCUAUUUCUUCCAGGCGGGCACUGAAGAACUAGUCAACGAAUGGGUCUCGACCUGCAAUUAUUGGGCCGCUCGCACCAGUAAGGAACCGUUGGCUGGAGGCGUCUCCAAUAUGGAAUACGGAUGGAGUCGCGUGGUAGAUCUCAACGGCCAACGCACCUCACUCUCUCAAUCUGAAUCGCAACAUACCCUGGCCGAUACCUCGGAUGGAUUGAGCGUCAAGAGCGGAAAGAGUGGACAUAGCAAGUUCAAGUGGCGAGGUGAUGGACCUCGGGCUUCCCCUUCGGCGUGGUCAGAGAAGAUAUUCAUCAACGAUUGGAAACCGCCGAUGCCUCCUUCCGUGGCGAGUGUUCACGAUGAAGAGACCCAGUUGGAAGCGUUGCGAAAGCAUGUUAAUUCGAUGAAGAAAGAUCUCGAACUUCACAACGAAUUACGAGAAGCUAUGUCAGCAUUGUAUCAACCCCGCACGGCGAAUGCUAUGAAGGCGCAGAGCAACUGGGAGAAGAAAUCGCAAUAUCUGUUGACUGAGAUCGUUAAGUACGACUCGUACAUCGACUCACUCCAGUCCGCGAUGACUUUGAGGCUCAAGAAACGAGGCGAGAAAGCCUUGGAACGCGCACUCAACGGUGCACAACCCCAUGAUGAACGGCCACGAAGGUCUAGCCAGAAGUACCGACACGAAGACACGAUUGACGAAGAGGUUGAGCCUUUGACCCCUGGACCACGACAAACCUUCUCCUCUACGACACCCACCCCAUCCGACUAA